GACUAAUACAAUUCCAGACUAUCCCAAUUCACUUUCCUCUUUCUUCUCCUCUCGGCUCUCGCACGGUCGCACCACCGUGACCCAAACACCUUGAAUCCACGGAUCUCAUCUCUCCAGUCUCUCUCUCUCUCUCUAGCGUGACGACGCCCAAAUCCACGCCGAACUCUCUCUGAGUCUCAAUUGCCCUCAAUAGAGACCCGAUCGGACUCAGUGCGAGGUACAACAUGUCGAACCGAAAUUGUCACCUGCGACCCGUCGCAAGCAAGGGUUUCCCAAAACCCCAAAGGGUCUUUGUCCCCAAGAAUGCAGACCACAACAAUCCAAUCCCUCGAGAGCCCAAUCUGAAUCCCAAUCCCAUGCUCUCCACCUCUCUCCGACAAUCGUUCCCCAAGCAGCAAUCCAAUGCUGAAACUUACACCGCUGCAGAGCUCAGGGUGGCAAUUUCGUAAAUUACUUGCCCCAGGAUGAGGCGGUGGUGGCUGGGCUCGGCGUCGACGAAGGUGGAUUGAAGGCCUUGGAGUUGCGAAGAGUGGUGGAUCUUCUUAACAGCGAGCUCUCUGGCUUGCUGAAGUUAAACCUAAGGUUUCAGCGACAAGGUAAAAUUAUUGCUAUGUCAUUUACAUCUUGACUUGCAAAAGCUGGAAACUUGACACUGAAUAAUCAAUUUCUUGAUAAUAUUUUCACUGUUCUUGUGUUGCUGCUGCCCCAUUCUCGUCAGUGGCUAGUGAUAAAUCGUUGCAUGAAUUUCUGGAUAGUUUUCUACAGUUGAGGAGUAGGUGGUAUGAUUUCCCUCAUCGUGGUACCAAGGAAUUGGUGGCGGGGGCAUCGUUGGGGAGUUCGAAUUGAGCCACCAGGGGAUGAAGGCAUAAAGCUUGUAACUGAAGCAAUAUGUUAUGUCAGAAUUUUCAAUGACUUGGGAAUUGGAAGCAAUGUUGAUGGGAGACACAGGGAAUGCCUGAGGAACGGCUUGGUGCCCACCCCUCGUACCUAUGUCAGUGUGAAGGCUAUAAGUUUACCAAGAAGACCGAGGUUCUCUUCACAAACAUCACUCUGUUGACUGAAAAGGUGGAAGUGAUAGGAGGCGAGGAAGAAUGAAACCACCACUUCACAAGGAGCAUGUGAAUGUUCAUUUAGUAUUCAGUUUCCAAGGUAAAACCUAUGUGACUUGAUCCCAACUUGUUAUGGGCUUUCUCCAUCCAUGUGGAUUUAUCUCGUUAUAUAGAUUUAGCAAUCGCUACUUUUUGUUGUGAACUCUUUAAAAAUUAUUAUGAUCAUCGUCAUCAUUAAUAUUCACCUGUUUAUGUUUCUUUGCUCUCGGAUCUGCUAGGUUUUUCUAACUGGAUGAUCUAACAGGAUUUGAGAAUUAGCUCAGCACUUCUUGAAGAAUUGCUUUGAUUUUUGUUGGUAUGGUGCAUUUUGUGAUCAAAAUUGGAUGCUCUAUGGACAUGGAGGAUGUGCUUGGGAGAUUGCUUUUUUGGUAGGAUGCAGCUUUGUAGUCAUCAUUAGUUUCCUCUGUCAACUUUAGGAUGUACAUCAAUUGCAAGAGGAACAAAACAAUUCAAAUUUUUUGUUUGUGUGAAAACUUCCAAUUGAACUGUAAUUGACAAUUUCUACUAAUUAGUCCAAGUAUUUUGAGUUUAA